AUGGCAGGCACUGAUGCCGACGACGCGAUGCCCCGCGCCAAGCGGCUGAAGAUGCUGCGUGAGGCCAAGGCCCGCAAAGAUCGCGGCGAGAGCAGCAAUGGAGAAGCAUAUGCACCUGCCGCUGCAGCAAUACAAACUGCGUCUGACGAACCGAUGGAACGGAAGGAUGCGCCGCAGCAGGAGGAGGACGCCGAGAUGACCACCUCAGUUAAGACCGACGACAAUGCGGACGACCUGGUGGGGAAAACGAGAGCGACGACGAGCUGCUAA